ACGGGGCAAUUGUGCUAAAGCGAAAAUUUUCAUUGACUUGAGUCUUGACACAGUGCAGUAUUUGAAUCAUUUAUUCACAGUUGUCGAUCAAUGAAGAACGUUAUGGCGCUUUGAGUCUAAGAAAUUUUGUUUUUGUUUCCUAUUGAAGAUGGAGAACCUUGGAAUAAAGAAAAGUCGGGGGGAAAGUUUGAAUGAUAAAUGUGGACAGGCGGGUACCUUCAAGUUUAGUCCACUCUACACAACUAUCAAAGAAUUCCGACCAUUAUUCCCUGAUUUGUGCUCUUGCUUUGAAUCACUCAACCCAAUUGAUCAGAUAAACCAGACGCUGCUUCCUUUGGUUGAUAUACUGGAAAACUACUCCAACCUGGAAAUCAAGAACUCAUUGAGUAUAUAUCAGAAGAUUACAGUUUGGUCCUGUACACAGUACUUAAAAAGACUUAGAUCUAGUAUAAUCUUUCAUCCAGGUCAGUUUGAGUUUAUCUCCAGGUGUCUGGGAUCUAUAGAGUCGGAUACAUCAGUUCACAUCCUUAUCCCAGAACCAGCAGUGGAAACCAUUCUCAGUAUCUGUGUUGCACUGAUAAUAGCUGGAUUCGCCUCGAUACAAAUUCAGGUUUCUACGGAGAAGCUUAAUUUAAGUAGAGUGGAAGAAAUUCUUCUCUCACAGUUAGGAGUUUCAGUAAUCAAGGAUAAUGAUCUUGGAGCAAAGGAUGAAGGAUUAGGAGAGUAUGGAGGAAGGAAGAUUAUUAUCUCCGAGCUUAGCUCCAGUAAUAUGCAUCACAUGGUCUCAGAGAACAAGGAUGUUCUGAUAAUACAGGCAGCUGAAAGCUGGAAUCAAGAACAGCUAAGAAUAGAUUUCAGUCAACCUUUUUCUCUUCAAUAUUUCCUCAAGAAUACAAGGUCUGACGAUCCGGUUUCGUCGUUGUGGAAGCAUAUUCAAUACACCAGAUUGCUGGAGAAGGCCGACCUGGUUGAGUGUGUUGCAUUUAUCAAGAAGUAUCCUAGUCUACUUCCUCAAGAGGAACCUGGAUAUAUGCAGAGAAUACACCAACUAAGAGAGAUUGUUUGGAGAGAAGGCGGAGAUUUAUCCUUCUCCGGCGAGACGGAGAGUAUUCUAGAGGACACCUGGAGACGGGAUCUUACUACAGUGGAUACUUCUAUCCUGGAGAAAUAUUUCAUUAUAGAAUCCGUCCUGGCAGUCUCAAUACUCUCACUUCUACCCGGCCCACUCAGAUUAUACGGAGGGAGAUCUGGUGUUAACCUUAGGAGAGCAUGUAUAUUAGAGAGAGCAGAAUUCAUUUUAAAUUUGAUCAAAUUUCAGAACCCGUGUGAGUGUAUGAAUACGAGGCUAAAUGAGGGAAUCCAAAGGUUUGAGAGACGAGAACUAAUCUCUACAGUUCAGGAGAAUGGAGGGGAUAUUACUAACGCGAAUCGAGCACGGCAUAUUGCAGAGGACUUUGAUUCAGAUUCUGACGAGGAGAGCGGAUAUUUCGAAGAUGUUCAAGUCAAUAUUCGAACCUCGAUGGAUUGUAUUCUACUACUUGAAGAUGUUGUAAAUAUAUCAAGAACUGAGAUAGCGUAUUUGUACCUGAGCAGUCUCAAGUUGACCGAACUUCUUCCUACCGGGUCACUGCGCUUCAACGACUAUAUUCGGAUCGUCCUGGAGUAUCUGAGUGGAUUACAUGAGCAGAACAUAUUGGAGAAUAUUGACCUGAACCUGGAGCAAGCAACAAGAAGUGUUCAAGCUUUGGUUACAGGAGGUGUUUUGGUGGAAGAGAUUCUGAGAGGAGAGGUUUGGAUUCUUCUCAGAGAGCGAUAUGCAUCAUUCCAGGAGAUAUCCUCAUAUACUAGUCUUGUAUCCAGAUAUAUGAUUUAGUUGUAUCCUCAUAUACUAGUCUUGUAUCCAGAUAUAUGAUUUAGUUGUAUCCUCAUAUACUAGUCUUGUAUCCAUAUAUAUGAUUUAGUUGUAUCCUCAUAUACUAGUCUUGUAUCCAGAUAUAUGAUUUAGUUGUAUCCUCAUAUACUAGUCUUGUAUCCAGAUAUAUGAUUUAGUUGUAUCCUCAUAUACUAGUCUUGGAUCCAGAUAUAUGAUUUAGUUGUAUCCUCAUAUACUAGUCUUGUAUCCAGAUAUAUGAUUUAGUUGUAUCCUCAUAUACUAGUCUUGUAUCCAGAUAUAUGAUUUAGUUGUAUCCUCAUAUACUAGUCUUGUAUCUAGAUAUAUGAUUUAGUUGUAUCCUCAUAUACUAGUCUUGUAUCCAGAUAUAUUAUUUAGAUCUAUGUGUUGUAUUUCUUUUGUAUAUUUCUGACCUGUCGCUACUCUUGCAACUUUAUUUUUAGAAGCUACUGAGUCAUGAUUCUUUUAU